AUGGCUUCAUCAAGAAAUUUUUUCCUUCUCGUCACAUUUGUCUUUUCGUCUCUCAUCCUUCUCUCUUCGCAAAUCACUGUUUUAGAAUCACAAAAAAAUUCUUCGGAUUUACUAGCUAAAGCAUGCAAGGGAGAUUACGAAGGCUGGAAUACCAACUUAUGUUUGAGAAUUUUGAAGUCAAGCCCCAAAAUUAUGUCUUCAACAGAUCGAGUGAGCUUUGCAGUGAGCAUUAUCGAAGCUGGAAUCGAGAAUGCAACAAAUACACAAACAUAUAUAAAACAAAGGCUCAAUGACCCAAAAACUGUUGAUCAAGGCCUUAAAUCAGCAUUAAAUGAGUGUAUUGAUUGCUUUGAGGCUGGAAUAAGCUCAUUUAGAAGUGCAAAAUUGGAGAUUAAUGGAACUGAUGAUAAUAAGGAUUAUAUUUCAGCAGAUUAUGAUCUUUCUGUGCUUUAUGGACAAGUUUAUCGUUGUGAUGAUUUUUUAACUAAAUAUAAGGUUAAAGAAUCAGUAGUUUCAAUUGGACUAAAAUAUGUGACAUACUUUAGUUAUCCAGCAUUAAAUAUUGUGGAGGAUCUUGAAUCUACUUCCCCUCCACCACUAAAAUUUUGA